GAGCUGCGACUCAGUGUCGAGAGGAAGAUGGUGAUGAUGAUGGUGGUUAUACGUGGGCUGUGAUUAAUACAAGCGGAUAGGAUUCAGAUCUGACUACAUAGUGAUCGAGCACCUGCUGUGGCUGCUCAGAGUGCUUUCAGAGCUCUGGGUGUGACUGUUGUCUUUUGUCCUCCACCUGCCUCCUCUCAGUCAGAUGAAUUAACUGGAAUAUCUUCUGUAUUAAACUGGAUCGUGCUGGAAUUACGUUAAGCUGAAAAGUUGUGUACGCUCACUAGUUCACUGGUGCAUCUGAUCUGGCUCUCAGUGGCACUCUCAACGUAUCGGCAACUCAUGUGUGUUGUUUAUGUGAUUAGUGGUGCUCAUCUGAUGUCACACAGUGGGUGAGCGCGCUCCAGAUGCACGCGCUGUUUGAUCGGAAUUGGAAAGGGCUGGGAAUCGAUCUGUCUCCGGUCUCGUUACCCCACGGUGCCGUGAGGAUGUUCAGCUGUGUCGGGUGUUUUUGGGUGCUCCUGUCCUCCUCCCUGGUCGCGAUUUGCAGUUUCAGUUUCAUCUCUCCCGCAUGGAUAGUGAAGGACCUCCUGAAAAACAAGGACUCCGUGAGUUUCGGGCUCCUGUGGCACUGCUCAGAGUCUCAGGAUCAUAUGUACAGAUGUUACACCUUCGGCGGGCUGGGGAAAUUUCAAGAGAUUCCUUCAAGUUCUUGGCAGACGAGUGCAGUGCUGUGUUCAGGUGGAUGUGCUCUGCUGGCGGUCAGCUCUCUGCUGGCCAUCAUCACCAUCUUCCUGCCCGGUGGAGCCUGGGAGAGGAGGAUCUGCACAUUGGCAGGAUACAUGCAGAUGGCUGCAGUGGUCAUUAUGGCAUCUGGUUUACUGGUUUACCCCUUCGGUCUGAACUCCAGCCUGGUCAAGUCUUUCUGCGGAGACUCGGACAUCUACUACGCCGGGGAGUGUCAGAUAGGAUGGGGCUACAUGCUGGCUAUCGUAGGUGUCAUGCUCACACUCUUCCUGCCCUUCUUCGCCAAGUACGCCCCCAAGGAGCAUCUGUCACCCACCCCCUUGCCCACCCUGUUAUAGAGCUUUAAAGACCAACAUUCAACCUGCUCAGCCAUCAUUGCUAUAAUUUACAACAACAAUCUGAGGAUGGACAGACUGCUGAGUCUCUGCAUCAUUUGCCAUGGUUGGUAAUAAUGAUGCCAUCAAGAUGAGCAGAACUCAAGAGCCCUCAUCCCCUCAAUUCAUCUUGUUUUAUUGUGCUGGCGUCUUCCCAUAUUCGAUAAGGUCCUUUCCCCCCUACACAAUCAACCUCCUAAGUGAAAAACUCAUUUGAAAAGGAUUACAUGGAUUUUGGUCUUUCUUUCUAAUCUGUUUUUGGACUAGCUACUGAAAAUAACGGAAAAUGGACCAUGGUGCAAAUUUUGAGAUUUUGUUUGCAAGGAUCAAAACCAAAAAUGGCAAAUUAAAUGAAAAUUGACUAAUAUUUUCCAAUGACUUUUUACUGAGACUUGUCAGCAUGCAAUGAAAGGGGAAAACAUGACUUUUUAAAUGGGCUGAUUUAGAGCUUCUGCUAAUGGAUCAACAGUUUGAGAGAAACAAACUCAAACUCCGUCAAUCUGACAGUUUUGCAUUAUACAGUUUCUAACACAUGAUAGUACCUAUUCAAGAACCAACACUGUGGCUUAAGUGAACUCAAACCUUUUUUUAUUCUCCGUGCGAGUCUUAAAUUCACACCGAAUUUUUCCUUCACUUUGUUUCUCAUAACCCUGUGAGAGCCAUCAAGGAACUGUGUAUAUAUAGUACGGACAAUGGAUCAGAAUGAUGGAUCAGAAGCAUGGACUAUUCUCAACAACUGUAUGUGAAAGUUAACUGAUCCCACAAUUAAAACCUUGCAUUUUUCCAAACUGGGUGAACGGGAAAUGUUGCGAAAGCCUCCUUUUGCUGUACUGAAUUAUUCAGGAUUACACAAAUCAGGAGCAAGGCUGUUCUUAACUUAAAGUUGGGCUUAGUUACACUGAAGCACUAUGUUCUGGAAAACACCAACUUCUAACCACCUUGUGCCUUUUGACCAUUGCUAAUGCUAAGACUUAAGUACCUUUCAUCAGGUAAUCUACUUCUAAAACAUUUUGUAAAUGCUUUCUUGUUGGAUUAACGUUGUGUGAUUAUUUCUGUAUGUCUCCAUCUUUCAAUGAUUCGUUUUAAUCUUAAAAAGUCUUUAAUGAUGGAGCUUCUUGCCAAGAUGAUGGUGUUUUGAAAGGGUUUCAAACAAAGAACAAAAUGAUGAAAGCUAAAUUAGCAAGUCAUUAAACAAGACAGGAAAAACAUUUCAGUCCUGAUUUGUCAUGACAGCUUCAUCACUUUAAGAAAUUUCAACGAUCAAAUUAAUCUAAUGUGCUAAUGCAUUUACUCUUGGCACAGCAAUACAGUGAAGCUAAAGCUUCAUUCCAUAUUGCACUUGGUUCAUUUUUGCUGUUGUGUUGAUUCAUUUGUGUGUUCAGACUGGCUGAUAACAUUGGCACUCAACUGCCCUCUUAGUAGAUUUAACUCUGACUUGAUAUAUAUAAAAAAAAAAAACCCCCCAUAUUAUGUGUGUACCUUUAACUGUUAACGGUAAGCUGUAGCUCAGAGGACAGAGCACAACUUUAAACUGGCAUCUGAUGUCAAACAUAGCAGGCCCUUUCAAUGUGUUUUUGCAGGUGUACACUACACUGGCGUCCUCUGAUUGCUGGUGUCGACAACUUGCUCUCUUGAGUUCUGUUUAUGAUCAUGUAUGUAUGUGAAGUCUGAUCACUGGUAGCUCUUAGAACUCGUAGAUUAGUGCUGUGAUGUUUUGGUUGUAAAUGAUUCUGUAACAUGACAUCCUGAUGGUUGGUUCCCUUUUGAAAGAUAUAUUUUGAGAUGUUACCUCAUCAAUGUGUUUGUUUAACCUUUGAAAUCCUUAACGAAUUGCUGUUAUGUG